AGUUAAGAGUUUGGGUGCCCGCUGAUGUGAGGAGACAGUGAUCUGCGCUGAGGAGGGGCGGCCGCUGCCAACAUGUGACAGAGAGCAGUCGGCUGGUUUCUCGACUCCCAUCUGACCACUGAAGAGGAGAGUGAAAAGACGCGCUGCUGCUGCUGCUGCUGAGGAGCGGGUCGGACUACCGGGAGUUGCUCACACCAAGUUCUGCACUGCUGCAAACAAAACAGAAACAAAAAGAACAAAAUGGCAAGUUCUGCCUCUUUGGAGACGGUGAUGUCCUGUGGCAGGACGGGACCAUCCGUGGCUACCAAAACCCUGGCCUUCUCCAUAGACCGGAUCAUGUCCAAGAGCUCGGAGCCGAAGAGGAGCGCGGAGGAGCGGUCAGAGGGGAAGAAGGUGCUGGGACUCUGCUCCCCGAUCCCCUGCAUGAUCCCACUGCAGCCCUUCAGCUACGACCUCCAAGCCAAGGCGCUGAUGAACUACUCUGAGCUGUGGAGAGCCAGUUUCAGGGGAACUUUUUGCGGUUCCGCAGGCGUUCCGUGCAAAGGGAACUGCGGCAUGUGCGGUAAAGCGGAGCCGGGCUUGAAGCAGCCGCUGCUGACUUCGGGGAGCAGGGUGGUGAAACCGCAGGUGAUCCACCAGGCCGUGGCCGUGCCCAGCGGCGGCUCGCUCUACUAUCUCAACUACCUGGACUCUGCGUACCAGCAGUCGGAGCUGCUGGCCGGUCACUGGUUCUCCAGUCCGCAGGCCCAGGCCUCUCUGUCGGCGCACCACAGACUCUUGCUGCUGGAGAACGCCAAGCUGGCCGGAGUGGGGUCCGACAAGAUGCCCACACCUCAGUACCCGCACAAGGAACAUCUGCCAGGACAGCUGGACCAGAUAGUGAAGGAGAGUCACGGCCUGAGCGCCGAGAAGAACGGCGUAAAGACGCACAGCAAAUUGAGCAGCGGCAGCGGCGGCGGUGCGGACGGAAAACCCAAAAACUUUACCUGUGAAGUGUGUGGAAAGGUUUUCAACGCGCAUUACAACCUGACCAGACACAUGCCGGUGCACACCGGAGCGCGGCCCUUCGUGUGCAAAGUGUGCGGGAAAGGCUUCCGUCAGGCCAGCACGCUGUGCAGACACAAGAUCAUCCACACACAGGAAAAGCCUCAUAAAUGCAACCAGUGUGGGAAGGCGUUCAACAGGAGCUCCACGCUCAACACCCACGUACGGAUCCACGCCGGGUACAAACCUUUUGUCUGUGAAUUCUGCGGGAAGGGCUUCCACCAGAAAGGAAAUUACAAGAACCACAAGCUGACACACAGUGGAGAGAAGCAGUAUAAAUGCUCCAUCUGCAACAAGGCCUUCCACCAGAUCUACAACUUGACGUUCCACAUGCACACACACAACGACAAGAAGCCCUUCACCUGCGCCACCUGUGGCAAAGGCUUCUGCCGUAACUUUGACCUGAAGAAACACAUCAGGAAGCUGCACGACAACAGCUUCUCUGCUGCAUCUGAGGCCUCCAGAGAGCUGCAGAGCUGAAGCACUGCUACACCUUCAGUACUCCAUGUCACACUGCAAGGCCCCUGAGAGACUGUCUGACUACAGGACCUGUAGCCAAGCUUAACCCCUUUUCAAAGUCCAGAGAGAAGGUGAGGGAAUUCAAUAAAACCUGGGCAUGAUUCCUGAAAAAGAACUGUUUGAUCCGGUUUCAGGAUCUUGCCCAAGUGUCUUAGCAGUGAGUCUGCAAGGAGUGAAGAAAAGAGCAGAAUAACGGCGUCCAUUUAACACGAGGCCCCAACCUGAAGGGAGACGAUAGGACAGCUUUCUGUUCAUGUGUCAUUUCUUCCUGCUUUCUUAUGCUAAAGCAACAAAUCACCUGUCUCCAUGAUGGAAAUGUAAAUAAUAGGUUAUGGAAAGAAAUUUUUAAAAAGUUAUUUAAAAUGUGAACUGCCUGGGAGCACAUUGUGUAUUUUACAGAAAAAAUGUUAAUGUGAAUAAAUAAGUUAUAACUUAUAAUGAAAACUGAAUGUUUGAGCCAUGUUUUUGCAAUUGUUUUGGAAGGGAUUUGAAAAUAAAACUGAAGAAUAUGAUGACA